AAAAGAAUGAAAAGAGCAGCGCCUGUGACUGUGUCGGUCGAGCAAGUCAGCUUUAACCUUAAAGCUAUAACGCACAUCCAAAAGCACGAGCCAUGAGCCGGGAUUGAGCCUGCGAAAACCCAGAGAGAGGAAGAAAAAAAAAACCCCACUCACGACUGCGAGAGCAAUCCGAUGAGAGGAACGGCUCAGAGAGAGUGAGCUGCCGUAGAUUGUCCAAAGGGGCAGCGUUUCUCCUAGUUCCGGUUUGUCUGCCUGUGUGCGCUGUGCGAGUUGGGACCCUAAACAAAAGGCUGCCAUCAUCCUAAAGGAGAUAUUCAGCUGCGAGGGAGCCCGUCUGCUUGAUGCCAACCAAACAUGAGCUCUUAUUUUGUUAACCCUCUUUUUUCCAAAUACAAAGGCGGCGAGUCACUGGAGCCAACUUACUACGACUGCAGGUUUCCACAAAGCGUCGCCCGCAGCCACACGCUGGUCUACGGACCCGGAGCAGCCGCGCCGGGCUUUCAGCACCCGUCCCAUCAUGUGCAGGACUUUUUCCAUCACGGGACCACUGGGAUCUCGAAUCCCGGAUACCAGCAAAACCCCUGCGCCUUGGCUUGCCACGGAGACGCAACGAAAUUUUAUGGAUAUGAAGCCCUUCCGAGGCAAACGCUUUAUGGUACCCAGCAAGACGCAAGCCUAGCGCAAUACCCAGACUGUAAAUCGUCGAGCAGCUCUAACCCCGGAGAAGGACAAGGCCACUUAAAUCAAAACUCCUCUCCCAGUCUUAUGUUUCCUUGGAUGAGACCCCACGCCCCAGGAAGAAGGAAUGGGAGGCAAACCUACAGUCGCUACCAAACUCUCGAACUGGAGAAGGAGUUUCUCUUCAACCCUUACCUGACCCGCAAGAGGAGGAUCGAGGUGUCCCACGCCCUGAGCCUCACCGAGCGGCAGGUGAAGAUUUGGUUUCAGAACAGAAGGAUGAAGUGGAAAAAAGAGAACAACAAAGACAAGUUUCCGGGUCAGAGGGGAGAGGCCGAAGCCGAGGGCGAGGAGGAGGGCAACGAGGACGGUGAAGGGGAAGAGGCAGAAGAGAAAGAAGCGGAAGAGAAAGAAGAGACCAAGGAGUGAUUUUAUGGUCCUUUUUAUGGUUAUAUGGCUGAAAAAAGGAAGAAGAAAAAGAGGUCCCAUAAACAGACGAAGAGUCACAAGGAGGCAGAGAGCGUCAACUUUAUGACCACCCUUUCAUUUUGUCAAGAGGGAUCAGGAAUCCCACCAAUAUUGCUGUCAUAAAUAGACAAAAAAAUCCCCCUUCUCACGAUUAUCCUAACACGAUUUGCCAUUUGAAUAUUUUUCUGUAGAAGCUCCAGGAGCUUGUAGAAUAUUUUCUUUGGUAGAAAUGUCACCCUGGCUACAAAAAAAAAGAAGAAAAAAAAGGGGGGGGGGGGGGGUAGUUCUAAAACGCAUGUUAGAUGGAAAAUGGCUUAGCUAUUAUUAUUAUUAUUCUAAUUAUUCUAUUUCUUUUUUUUACUUUUACACAUUUGCUUUUAAUAAUAACAGCAUCAACAGCAUAGCCAAGUGAGAUGAAAACACGACCAACGCCGACCUGUGUUGUAAAUAGAUUAUAGCCUACAAUUAAAAAAAAAACACACUAAAAAACAAACAUCAUUUCAGAGUAACCUUUGCGAAAUUGUGAGAUGUAGGCCUAUAACUUAGUAGUAAGUGUUCACACAUCCUCGCAGCAGUUGCAUUGGCUCCCGGCCUGUGUACAAACCACCACGUUUUAUUAUUCUUAGUGUUACUGUAACUGUUUGACUCGUUUUCAUGUGAAUGGCCGAGACAAGGAUCGCCAUUUAGCUCCUCAGACGUCUUUUUUUCUAGGAUUACCAGGGAAAUGCAAUCGUUUGAAAUCCUUUGAUGCUACCUAAAAAAAAACCUGGGGAAAUUGCAAUAGAGAUUUCUGAAUAUAGAGAUUUCAUAUGGUUUUUUUUGAUUUUUAAAAAGUGUUCUAUAUCGACCUUAUAUCAUUAAGUUAUGUAUGUAGCAUUUACCCAAUAUUACAAUAUACACUUGUUGAAGACAAUUUGUGAGUCUUGGGAAGACAAUUAGCUCCAAGCCAAGCGAACAAGUUCGAGAUUGUACCACGGCACUACCUAAACUCAGAGCCUUGCCUCCGCAGAAUUUAUAUUCCACACUUCCGGCAUCGCUCUGAUUUGAUUGCAAAGCUAUUUCCCCCAACAACUAAAACUGCCUAUGACGCACAUUUUAAUGUGUAUGAUAAUACCUGCUACAAUUACAACGAUUUUUAAAGUAAGGGAAUUUUUAUUUCAAUGUGCUGGUGAUAUAGCGUAUAGUUGUUUUGCACUGAAUAUAAUCUUUAUGUACGUCUUGUUAUAUAUUGAUGUGAACAAUAUGCUCGUUUCCUGGUGUUUCUCCAUGUGAAAGACGGAUUUGUGUGUCCCCGCCAUUGUUGAUGUAAAAUCACGAAUAAACAAGAUGGCAUCACGA